UGAUAUAAAUCAAUAUACGUUAUAAACUCAUGGUAUAAGCGUGUACGUACUCAGUAGACGCAAGUGAGGUGAUAAAGAAUUCGAUAUAAAUUAGUAUAAAAUAAGAAAAAAGGAAGAUGAUAGGUAUUUUAAAUGAAUCCGAUAGUGAGGAUGAAUUACCCCCUGGAUGGGAAGAAAUGACAACUCCUAAUGGAAAUGUCUACUAUGUAAAUCAUUAUACAAAGGGCACACAAUGGACACACCCUAGAACUGGUCGUACAAAGACUGUUGGGGGAGAACUGCCAUCUGGAUGGGAAAAACGUGUGUCAGAAGAUGGUCGAGUCUUAUUUAUCGAUCACAUGAAUCGUACAACAACAUAUAGUGAUCCUCGGCUUGCAUUUGCUACAGAAUGUAGAGAAUCAUCACAGCCUAUAAGACAACGUUUUGAUAGUAGUAGCACAGCAUUAUCUGUUUUACAUGGUCGAGACUUAAGGGGUAAACUUGCCAUAGUUACAGGUGCCAAUACUGGGAUAGGAUUUGAAACAGCUAGAUCAUUAGCUUUACAUGGAUGUAAAGUUAUCUUAGCUUGUAGAGAUCUAGAAAAAGGUGCAGAAGCAGUACAAAAGAUACAACAAGAAAAAGAAAAUGUUAUGUGUGAAACAUUACAUUUGGAUUUGUCAUCAUUACAUAGUGUUAGAGAAGCAGCUGAGGAAUUUAAGCAAAAAUAUAGCACUUUAAAUAUCCUUAUUUUAAAUGCUGGUGUCUUUGGAAUUCCGUAUGAAAUUACAAAAGAUGGUUUUGAAACAACAUUUCAAGUAAAUCAUCUUUCUCAAUUUUACUUUACUCUUUUAUUAGAAGAACCACUACAAAGUUGUUAUAAUUCUAGAGUAGUGAUAGUUUCAAGUGAAUCACACAGAUUUGCAACUUUACGAAAAGCAGAAGAUUUUCAUCGAUUAACUUUAUCUCCUCCUCCAUAUAAAUAUUUCUUUAUGGAAUCAUAUAAUAACACAAAACUAUGUAAUAUCUUGUUUGCACAAGAAUUAGCAAAACGAUGGCCUACUGUAAAUGUCUUUUGUUGUCAUCCUGGUAAUAUGAUUUCUUCUUCAUUAUGUCGUUAUUCAUGGAUAUUGCGAUUUAUGUUUAUGAUGGUACGACCUUUCACAAAAUCACUGCAACAAGCUGCUAGUACAUCAGUUUACUGCGCAACAGCACCAGAAUUGGAAGGGAUAACUGGAUGUUAUUUCAGUAAUUGUUAUCGUUGUGAUCCAUCAAAGACUGCAUUAAACCCUGCACUAGCAGAAAGACUAUGGUUUGUUAGUGAAAAAAUGUUUGUUAGUGUAAUGAAACACAGGAAACUUCUUGAAAAAUUUGAUUUAAAAUGAAAAAUAUUAUCAUAAAGUAUAAUUUUAAAUGAACAGAAAACAUGAAUUCAAAGAAUAUUUUAAUCAAUCAAAAAUUUAUAUCAAUAAGAAAUUUAUAUCCAUUUUCAUCACAAAUUCUAUAUUCAAUAAAUUUGGUUUUAUAUCUUUUAUACUUUAAUACAUUUUUCCUAAGUUCUAUUUAUGGUCGUAUAUGAAGCUAUUUAUGUAUUGGGUUGCUUGGAAAGUUCCUUCUAAUUUUUAAGAAAAAUUCGAAUAUAACACAUUUAAAUUUCGAAAUAUAUUUUAUUGAAUUAUACAGCUGCCAUUUUGUUCCACAAUCAUCCUGCAUCUUUCAAUCAACUUGAAUAUUCCAUCCUUCGAGAACUUCUUAGGUUUUUCAGCAAAAAACUUUGCAAUAUGAUUUUUCAGGUUGACCAAAGAGUUAAAGUUUUUGCCAUUAAGGGAAUUUUGUAAUGAUCUAAAUAGGUGAAAAUCUGAGGGUGCAAUGUCUGCUGAAUACGGUGAGUGGGGUAGCAUAUCACAACCAAGCUUCAACAGCUUUUGUCAAGUAGUCAAAGACACAUGAGGCCGUGCAUUGUUCGGAUGAGAACCAGCUUUUAGAGUGAUUCAUUCCGCUUUUCCCAGGAUCUUUUCCGCUGAAUAUUAUUAUGAAUAGUGUAUUUUUCAUCUCCCGUCACUACUUACUUGUUACUAAUUGGUGUUUCUAGUUGCGUUUAUAGAGCGAAUCACAAAUGGAAAUGCGAUCCAUCAAAUCUUUUCCUGUUAAAUUGUGAGGAACCUAUACAUCAAAACGGUUUAUAUAGCCAAGCUUGACAAAAUGUUUGUGAAUAGUAGAUUUUGGUAUAUUUAACGUUUCUGCUAAUUCACAUGUCGUAUAACGUAGGUUAUUCUCGACCAGAGUUUUGAUCUGACCUUCAUUAGUGAUGGAGUGUCUACCCGGGCAUUCUUGACCUCCAAGAUUUAAAUCAGCCUCAAAUUUAGCAAACCACUACCGGACAGUUCUUUCUGAUAUAGCACCGUUACCAUAAACAGCGCAUAUCUUGUUUGCUAUUUGUGUGAUAUUUUUGCCCUUCCUUAUUUAAGAGCAUAUAAAACUAACAAAAGUUAAUAUAUUCCAACCAAACUCUUUUCUAAGAGUGCUUGAAAUAUCAUCUUUUAGAAUAUGGACACAUGUCAUUUGUUUUAAAUUAUUCUGAUAUAUUCAAACCUAUUGUAAUGUCACCUACCGAAAGCAGUACAAACUUUCCAGACAACUCAAUACAUUAAAAACAUAUACCUAUGUAUAUUGAGAUUGUAUUCAAUUAUUGUUUUUUGUUAAAUUAAAAAAAUGGACAUCUUUCUUGAAAUGUUUACAAAUUAAUUUUAAGGAAUUUAGUUGUGUAAGAAAAAGGCUUUUUUCCUAAACUUUUAGAAGAUUUCAUGUUUUAAAA